AUGCCUCUUCGCAUUCCCGCUCCCAACAGGGUCGAGGUCCUCACCAUGGCGUCCGCCAGCGCCGCCGGCUUCGCCCCCUUCUACCUCAUGGCUCCUGGCGCCGACGAGCGUCUCUCCAAGCAGACCAACAAGUGGGCUCCACGCUGGGAGCGCAACAUAACCAGGGUUGUCAAUCCCGUCGAGCGGGGCAUCCAGCGGGUCGCACCGCCUGUUGAGAGGACGGUCCAGAAGUGGGAGCAGCGCCUGCGACUCGAAAAGGCGGCCAAGAGGGUCGACAAGGGCAUCAAGAGGAACCUUGACCGGAUGGGCAUCAAGCACACCUGA